UUUAGUAGAUGUAAGUCAUGAGCUGAAGGCUAAAUCGGUCUUAUACUGCAGUCAUAUAUGCAAAGUAUUUUGAUCAGAAGCUAUAGACCGAGAACGGAGGUAAAUGGAAAGCCAAUGUGGAAAGGUGCAGCCACUAUACACCACCUGAAGAAAGGCACUGUUUAUUACAACAUGGCAGUCUUAUCACAAGAAACAAGAACAACCUGGAUACUCCACAAUGUGUGAAGUGUUAAUUGUCCAUACCAGUGAGGCCAGGGAAUGGGCAGAGUAUCUACAGCAAAUAUUGGUAGCAUCAUGUAACUUUCUGGAGGGCUCCCUCAUUCUGUAUGAUGUGAAUGAAGAGAUUUGGAUGAAAAACCAUGAGCUGUUUGGCUCCAGCAAGUGCAUCAUGCUUUUGCUGUCUGCUGCGUUCCUGGACAUGCAGCACGACCCAGAAGUGCAGGACACUUUCCGGGAUCUUCUUCAGCCUCCUUGCAAAGUUGUUGCCUUUUUGUGUGGUAUAUCAGAAAGGCAAGUGUCAGCGGACUAUUUUGAACACUGGGAGCACUGGAGAAAGCUCAAUUCAGAAGACGAGCCAUCAGUAUAUGUGUCUACUGUCCUUGAGUGCAUUGAUAAUGGAUCUGUUAGUGAAAAUGGCCAGAAUCCAUAUGAAAUUGAACUAGAAGAACAAAUGAAUGCGUUCACAUUAUCAGAGAUUCCCGAGACAUUACCUGAUGAGACGGAACACAUUCAGGGGAUUGGGGAUGAUGUUUGUCAUACUGAGCAAACUUCUUCAAAUACAAUGGGGCCAAUAGACGACCAAACUUGCCUCACUAUCCAACCAGACAGAAUACUAUGUGGGAAUCGUCUGAAUAUUUAUAUAAUCAUGGUAAAGAAAAUUGUGGAUGAGGGCAGACUGGAGGUGGAGUUUCACUCUCAGUACUCGACUCCUCAGCGGAUCCCUGGGACUCUUGUAAACGAGUACAUUGUUACUGUACAGUCACCUGAUAUGCCAGCUGGGAAAGUCUCAUUGACUCUUUAUAAAAACGAAUCUGUGGUCUGUUCAACAACUGUGACAUAUUACACAGAAAUGGAGGAAAUUUGCAGGUAUCUAAAGAAAGCAAUGGAUCCAAUGCAGUUCAUGUGUCAGGCAUUUGAUAUCACAUCAAAGGUGCCUGAGUCAUUGGAUAAUUUGCUUGCAGACUCUCUGGAAGAACGGAUGCCUCUAAAUGGAUUACAAGUUUUUGGAAUUAGUCAAAUUGCAGAUAACACACCAGCGAAUCACCGUAAUGUGGAACUUCCAACACUGCUUCACUUCUCGGCCAAGUAUGGCUUAAAAAAGUUAACGUCUUUGUUAAUGCGGUGCCCUGGAGCCAUGCAGGCCUACAGUGUGAUGAACAAAGAUGGGGAUUACCCUAACAAACUGGCCGAGAAGAGUGGCUUCUCUGAUUUAAGACAGUUUAUGGACGAAUAUGUUGAGACAGUAGAUUUAGUGAAGACCCACAUGGAGGAAUCUCAGAACACCUCUGGCAACGAGGAUAUCUAUGAGGACAUGUUGAUGGCUUCCCAAAAUUUCAUCACCAAUUUCGAUAAUGAGGACAUUUACGAGUCUAUGAUGAAACUAAAUCCUGAGAUGGAUGAUGACUUAGAAAGUGCUCUGGAGGACUCCAACUCGGAGACAAUACUGAGAAAGUUUUUUGAAGCACAACCUGACAAGAGUUUACAGUCCUUGGAACAUACUUCAAUCAAUGGUGGAUUACCUGAAAUGGAUGAUGAAGAAUACCAUGACAUGGGCCUUAAUGCGGAAAUCUAUGGGGAUGUAGAAGAGGAGGACCCGUAUAACCCAUGCUGCCCUGAUCAAAUUUAUGACACAGUGGAGCCACAAUCCACCUCUGAAAUAAUCAACCGUCCACCUGCACCGAUUCCACGACCAGUCAACCUGCCAGAGCCAGAAGAGAACACAACCUACAUUUCCAAAGUAUUUUGUCUCAAGGAACCUGUAUACUCACUCAGUCAACGGCCAGAAAGGGAUUCCUCUUUAGCACCUGUACGGCUGGUGAGAGACAGAGACAUGAGCAGUCACCAUGACCCCUUUGCAGGCAUGAAGACCCCGGGACAGAGGCAGCUCAUCUCUCUGCAGGAGAGGGUGAAGGUGGGUGAGCUGACUGUGGAAGAGGCAGUGCAGGAGUUCAAGGCUUGGCAGUUUGAUCAAGAUAAAAGAUGGCGCUCUCUCCGCUUCCAGCAGGAAAAUUUACAAAGAUUAAGAGACAGCAUCACUCGACGCAGUAAAGGCAAAGGGCCAAACGAGCUUAUGAUUACAGCACCAAUGCAAACAAACAGUCAGUGGGGUUCUCAAAUGAACAUGAAUUGCUCAGUGUACGAACCCACACCUCGUUCGAUUGCCCAACCCCCUCCUGUUAGUAGACCGCUGCAGAGAGGAAGCUGGCAGACAGGAAGCACCUCCAGCACUUCUAGUAGUAGCAGUCACAGAUUGAGCAUUCAGAGCACCGUCAGCAACAGCAGUGAGGUGGAAGGUGAAUGUGAGGAGCCUCCGGACAUUCCACUUCCUCCACGGCCUACCCGGCCCGUAGUGGAUACUCCACCAGUGCUCCCUCCACCCAGGGUCCCACCACGUGUAAUAGAGAGGAAUCCAGACAUACUAAACGAGCGAUAUGUAUCGACUCCAUCCCGUCCUGUUCAUCAGACGCCUGCGCAAAGGUCCAUGCCACCUCCACCUAUACCGAGACGCACAUGGUGAAGGCCUGCUUCAGCAUGGCUGGCUUUCGUUCUGUUUGACUCUGCACUUUUCUUGUUGAGCCUUUGAGAUCUGUAAGUCUCUUCAAGGUGGAACAGAAACUACUGGCUGUGUCCGAAACUGAAGACGGCUCAUUUCCUCCCCUACACUCAGUCAGUGACCAU